AUGAGUAUGUCUAGAUCGUUUUUAGUUGAUUCGUUGAUUGGUAACGCUCCUAAGGAGCUGCCGCCACAAUGCCAUCCUGCGUUUCCGUACCCGCCGAACUAUAUAAGCAGCUAUUUGUUUUCUAUUAAUUUGGCUCGUCAACAGCAGCAGCAACAGUUUUUGUAUCAACAGUUUCAACCGAAACCACCAGUGAGACCAGUAGCGUCCUUACCGAGAGUGUUACCAUUUAUGGAUCAGGAUACAACUCUUACAACUUCUCCAGAACCAACUUCACCAGUAAGAAGCCCCUUGUUGUCUCCAAAGAAAUCAGAAAGCAGAGAAAAUACACCAUCACCUCCCAGUGGAUUUCCUCCAUCCAAGGACUCAAGCAAACGAAUACGGACAGCUUUCACUAGUACGCAACUGUUAGAAUUAGAAAGAGAAUUCUCCUCCAACAUGUACCUCUCCAGGUUACGAAGGAUAGAGAUAGCUACAACUUUGAGACUGUCCGAGAAGCAAGUAAAGAUUUGGUUUCAAAACAGGAGGGUUAAGUACAAGAAAGAAGAUCUGCCGAGUGGUUCCCAUCACUCUACUUCUGGGAAAUGUUGUUGUUUUAAGACGUGUUCUGGAUCAAGAGCGCCAAAGAGUUCUGUGUCAAGUUGUGAAGAUAUUGACAUUGAUGUUACUAAUACAGAUGAUAGUGAACAUUGACUUAAAUAAUUUGUGUUAAAUGGUGAGUGUAUUAGUCAUACCAAUUUUUGCCAUAAUUGAUUUUUCUUAUUCAUGGAAAUGAUGUUAGUAAAAAUCUGUCUAUUAUUUACAUCAGUUUUAAUUUAAACAAUGUAGGUAUUGCUUUAUGUAUUAAAAUUAAUAGUCUAAAAGUGAUGGCGAACCUAUGGCACGCAAGGCCAUUUUUGGUGACACGUAUAUUCAAAGAUUUUAAAAUUUAAAUAUAGAUUUAAAUAUUUAGCAUAGAAAUAUAAAAUUUAGCAGACAAACUUCAGCAACAAAAAGCAACACUAAUUUUAUAACAAAACUAACAAAAUCCUAUAUUUUUUCUUGUUUUUGUUAAAUAUUAUUUGAAUCAAAAUUACAUUUCGAUUUUUCAAAUUUUGACACACCGAGCUCAAAAGGUUCACCAACACUGGUCUAAAAUAUUUUAAUAUAUUUUUUUAAAUAUCAUUGAUACUUACUCA